AAAACAUUUUGCAUACUGAUGUGACAAGAAUAGCGAAAAUAAGUAAAUACGUUAUAAAUAAGAUAAUUAUUUUGUAAAACAUUAUUUGAAAACGGUCAAUCUGAUAGAAACAUUGUAUUGCAACGAUCUCACCAAUGGCUCGUCGUAUCAGAAAACAUAGAGAGAGUUCUCUGACGGAAUACACAUAAAUAACGGAAUGAAACAUUCCGUCGCAAUGUGAUUGGUCGGAGUGGCAGCCAUUUUUUAAAUACACAAAACAUUCAUGCGAAUCACAACAUCGCUCACCAAUAACACAACAAACAACGGGUGGGUUAACGGCGGCACGAAAGCAGUGUUUGUGUGCUUAUGCAUGGAACAGACUAUGUGUGUGUAAAUAUGUAUGUCAAUGCCAUGGCUGACACAUGGGCUCAGUGUUUUCGUUUACAGUUAAUUAAAAGAAGAAGGCAGUCAAUCGGAACCAGUCGAGCGGCCCGUCCGCAUUUAAAUUAUACCGCGUUUGCAUUGUCGCUACGGUAAAAGUACUUUAGAAGGAAGUGGAUUAACUCGUCAAAACAGGUGUGCAAAUAAAAUAAUAAAAACAAUUUGUUUUUAUUAAACUCCACAUACAAGUGUAUGUGCCAGCGAGACUUUCAAGUGGACAGUGCAAAUUGUCAAAUCAAGUGUAGAGUGCCGUCGUUAAAGCUCACCAAUAUGUUACAACAUCAACAACAAUCACAGGUGUCACAGGGAUACUACGAUUACAGUCAAUCUAGUCCGACUAAUUUUACAAAUUCGGAUUCUUUAAAUACAACGCCGUUUUCAGUGAAGGAUAUACUGAAUUUGGUGAACCAAAACGAGAAUUAUGAGGUGUUUGGUUCUUUGGAGAGUCCCAUGCAUAGCGAUUCGACACCCGCAUCUUGCGUCAACGAUUACGACACGCAAAGUUAUCAGGAAACUCCAGUUAUGUCACAACUUCAAGUGCCCAACAUGACGCCGGCGACAAUGGCGGCGGUCGGCGCAACAACAACAUCCGGCUACCAGUAUCCUCUGCACAACCAUCAUCCUCAUCCUCAUGCGACUUUCGGUGAUUACGCCGCCACUCCGCAUGCAGUUGCGGCUGCCGCCGCCGCUUACCCACCACACUUACACCCACAUUCGCAUGCGCACGGUCAUCAUGCCCAGCAUCCACACCCACACACGCACACACAUCAUGUACCUCCUCCUUACCAUCAACAUUAUGGCGCUGUGCAAUGGUAUAUGCCGACACCGGCAACACCUGUAAUGACCAAUGGCAAUGCGAUGUGUGCUGCAGGCAGCAGCAGCGCCUCGCCCAGCGCAUCCGGCGCGUACGGUGUACCAGCCGCACAUUCCACAGCUUACAGUUACAACUAUCAACACCCGAGCGAUGCUUACGGUAUGAGUGGCGUGAACGGUACGAAUGGCACGAAUGGCGUUGGCAGCCUCGAAAUCGCCAGCAGCAAAAGCGACUACACUUCCACACCAUAUGUGACGCCGUCGCCCACCUUGGAUCUCAACAGUUCGACAGAGGUGGGCGAUCCACACACGGCCGCAUCGGCGAUGACAGCAAAAUUAACGGCGUUGCCAUCAAAAGGUAGUGGGCAUGGUAAGUCCGCAGUGGCGUCGCAACAAUCUCUGCAGAACUUAAUGGAGACCGCAAAUAACGGUUCCUCAAUGCAGCAGCAUUUAGCCAAUAGCGGUGCAGGCGGCUUGCACAAUAUGAAUGGACAUUUGAGCACACAAAAAAGCGUCUCCGACAAUGUGCAGGUUUCUAGCGAAUCUAUCUUGGGAAAUACCGGCAGCAGCGGCGAAUGUGGAGUUUCUAAACGCAGAGACACCUCACAAGUCACCUCUUCGCGUUCAGAGCUUCGAAAGAAUGGCAAACCGCGUUGUAAGCGCAAACCACGCGUGCUCUUCUCACAGGCGCAAGUUUUGGAGUUGGAGUGCCGUUUCCGUAUGCAAAAGUAUCUAACAGGUGCGGAGCGUGAAGUCAUCGCCCACAAGUUGAACUUAUCGCCGACUCAGGUAAAAAUUUGGUUCCAAAAUCGCCGUUACAAGUCGAAACGCGGUGAAAUCGACGGCGACACAAUCUCCGUGAAAUUGAAAGCGGACAGCAGCACGACGGGCGUCAUGGCGGCGGGUGGCGUUAUGUGGGGUCAACUGCAUCGCCACAAUCAAACACAUCCACAGCAAACGGCACUGCAGGCGAUGCAUCACUCAUAACACGCAGAGCAAGGUGGAUACUGCGAACACAUACACAUACAUACUUGCGGUAUUAAUGUACGUAUAAGCAUAUGCAGUUCGUUGAGUGCAAGUAUAUUUAAAUUAUUUAGUUCAUAUUUUACAAUUAAGUUUUGAUUUUUCGUUAAAAAAAUUUGCAAUAAUUAUGGAAAUUCGGUUUACGCGAAGUACCUUCGGAACUAAAUGAAAUUAACAGUUGUAAUAGCAUAAAAGCCUAUUGAUAACGGAAUAUCCGAGCACAAUGUAUUUUAAUAUUAAUAGUUAAAUAAGUGAGUUGUAAAUAAAAUGACAAUAAUUGACUUGGGUCGAGAACAUACAAUAAUAAAGUGCCAUUAAAUAAAU